GGGCGGCACACGCGAUCAGUCACUCGUCAGGCGGGCUUCAAUCUAGUCUUGUGCUAAAUAAAAUACACUAAAACAGUGAAAUACACACUAAACUAGUGCACAAAUACAAUGAUUUAGUGUUCAUUUAAUCAGUGAUGAGUGUUGUUGGGAAUAAUGACUUCACAAUGCUGCUGGCCAUCCUCUUCACCUGCAUUCCUUUCGUCACUGCCAAAGUGGAAACAAAAUGCAGUACUUGCAUCAAAGUGGAUUCUAUGUGCCACAACAUCACCUUCCUGUUUAACUUCAAAGCACCAUUUAGAGAAAAGGUCGUUAUUACUCAACUUGGCAUCCAGAGGUCGAGGAACCUUCUCUACUACGCCUUUCAACCUAACAUCACUGACCCGGAGUACUAUAAAGUUGGUUACGUCAACUUAGACAAUCCUGAUACCAACAGAAUUCUUGAAGGGAGCAAACCCGUUACCAAUUUCAAGACUUUCGCCAUAGACCAAGAACGCGAUAUUGUAUAUUUGGGAGGUGGUGACGCCAUUUAUGUGCUAGACAACAGCAUUAAAGCUGCUUUUUACAGUUCUGGAGGCGACACCAUCGAAAGCAUAUCCUUUUACAAAAACAACCUGUACUUCGUGAGGUAUGGAGAGAACAGAAUUGUGAAGAAAGAAGGCGAGUUGUUCACACCUUAUGAAGAAUACAGAAACGUGAAGAACUUCGUUAUUGACAAAAAUAAUAUACUUGUUUACAUGAAUACCAGUGGCUUAUAUGCAAAUAAGUUUAAUACUAACGAAACUGUAUAUCUAUCUAAGAAUAAUUAUUUUAGAGGUCUGACUAUUGAUCUGGACGGUGUAGUGUACGCUUGGUGGAUCGAUGGCAUUUAUAAAGUAAUCAUAGAGAAUGAUUUCCAAGAUUCUACAAUAGUUAGAGUAGCAGAAGUGACUUCUAUAGGAGCUUUGACAUUUGAUAAUGAUAACAAUUUCUUGUUCAGUUCAAAUAAAGGUUUGUUUAGAUUGUCUGAAACUACAAACACAACGUCAUGUUAAACUGACAAGUGCAACGGCCUGAAAUUUACUUAAUACACUAAGCUAAUAGAAACUCACCAUAAUUAUUUUGUGUAUAAUAUUGAAAAAGGAAAACUCUACUCUCUAUGUUUACAAGUUUUAGGAUUUCUUGUUCGUAUCCAACAGAACAUGAUUUUGAUACUUCGAUUGACGACGAGAAAGGGGGUUAAAAAUGCCUCUCUGAAGCAAUUCAUCUAAAAACAACAUUGCAAUUUGAUAUUUACGCAUAUAGAAGUAAGUGCGCAAUGUCAACAAAUGUUAAAUAGCAAUAAUUAUUGCUUGUUUACAUGAAUUGUUUCAAUGUGGAAUUUGUUUUCGACUUCAUGUUUGGAUCAGAAAUGAUUAUCACGUGCUCAGCGGUGAAGGAAAACAUCGUGAGAAAACCCGCAUUCCUGAGAAAUGCAUUUUCAGGUUUUCCCUUCGUGGGUUUGAAGGUCAGACAGGCAGUCGCUUCUUCAAAAAACCGGACCUGUCAAAUCUUCAGGUUAGGUAAGCGAACCUUGUGAAAAACGGGAUAACUCUAGGAUGAUGAUCAAAUGGAAUUUUCCGGCACAACAUUUACGAUGUCACUAACACCUUGUAUAGAAAUAAUUAAGUUCGAUAAGCAGAACACGUUCUAUGACUAUAAAGUGAUGGCCAAUGACCACUAUAUUCUCUCUGAGUCCGCCUGGCGUGUAAAUGGUUUUAUUUAUUACUGUUGCGGCACGACGGGUGGAGGAAUUGUGGAAUGGAAGAGAAUUUCGAAAUUUAAAAAGAUUGGCGGUAUAAGGGAGAGCCCAGUAUGUGCAGAGUUUGUACUCUGCUAUAUUGUAAAUUAUAUGUAGGCGUAGUUAUAGGCGUUUUUAUUUCAAGUGUUCUGAUAGAGUAAGCAUAAGUAUUUAAUAAUUUUAAGUAAAAUAAUGUGUUUAAGCGAGCAUAUCAAUUUUUUUAAGUGAGCUUUAGGCACAAGAAAAUAAUAUUUUUUAAGUCCUUGUACUUUUAUUACUAAACUAUUAGUGUACU